AUGUCGUCUUUCGAUGCUCGAGGCUUCCUGCCCGCCGUCGUGUCCAAGGACGACGGUGCUUGCUGCCCUUCCUCCUGUGCCGGCUUGGCUUGCACGAGACGUCGAGCCCUGAUCAGCGACAUUGUCGCCGAAGUCGACACGCUGAACGCCGACAUCCAGCGCAUCAUCCUGCAGGGCAACAGCCAGCCACGAUCGCUUUCUUCAGGAGUUGCGAAUCUAGGAACAGACCAGGUCCUCGUCUAUGCCCUCGACCUCUUGCGAGCCAACGUUGCCAGCCUCCGAGAUUUGACCACCCCUCUUUCCAUUCCCUCCGGAACAGGAGCAGAGCCCCAGUCAGCUGCCACUGCCGCCGCUACCGCCGAGAUCCGCGAUGUCAUGAAGCGCCGAUUUGAUCCAAUCGCCAACCAAGAAGUCUCUCACUUUCUACCUCGGCCGACUAGUGGGGGAGACCGCACAAUCCCUCCACCUGGACCCCCCGAGGAUGUCCGGAGAAGCUUCCAAGGAACACUCCAGACACUCCGGCAGGAGUACGACGCCCUGCUGUCGAAGCUCGAUCGGCAGCGUACCAAGUGUGCCACGCUCGAGAAGAAGUUCGAGGUCACCGACGUGGAGAUCAACGGCCUAACGGCGGAGAAGGAGGAGCUGGAGGCGCGGGUCGCGGCCCUCGAGCUGCAGGUUGAAGAGUUGCGGGAGCAGCGGGAUGAUGCAAGACGACGGGAGGUGAGGACGGGCGAGCAGUACAGGAGCAUUGUGGAGAUGGCGGGGAAGCUGCAGGGCAUGGCGGCCGAGGAGAAGAGGGCGUGGGCGCAGGAGAGGGAGGGACUGCUCAACGCUUUGGGUUGGAAGGGUGAUGAGGAUGGUGCUGGUAAAGAGGAGGAACGACGACUUGAGACGGGGGGUGUUGGGGGAACUUUCUUGCAGCCAACGUCGUCCACCGCCGCCAUCACCACCAACAUGCCAUCCGUUCUGGACGAUCCGAUGAGAGGAGGAGCCUUAUUCGACGCCGCCAAUCCUCCGCUUUCCCGCCGGGAUUCCGAGCAGCACGCCCCGACGCCCGCUGCUGCUGCUGCUUCGUCUCAAGUCAUAGCUGCGUUACGGGUCGAGGUCGCUCAAUUGCGCUCUCGAACGCAGACUCUGGAGACAGCCAUCAGGUCCAUUUGCGACCAGGGUACCAGGAUGGAAGAGGCUUCCCAGACCAUCGCUGAGGCGGGGAGAAAGAUGAAAGAGGCGGCAAGGGAGGCGAUUGGUGAUAGAUGA